UGGGCAGGAAGAGGAGAAAGUGAGAGAGACACAAGGAGUAGGAGGGGCAGAGAGAAAGGGAGUGCAAGGACAGAAGAACUUAGAGUGGUCUAAUGAGAGAGAGAAAGGAAGGAAGGAAAGAACAGAGGAAAGCACAGAGGCCAUUUUCUAGGCCAGACCAUGAGGUGGUUCUAGGAAAGGACCAGAGUGGCAGCUCUGUUACAACUAAGCACGAGCAAGAGUAGAGACAUGGAAAGCUCAAGGAGUGUGACGCAGGAAUCCAGAUCGAAGUCAGCUUUGUGGGGGGGCACACCGCAGUACAACUAUAUCAGCUUUGAGAAAUGCACCCGUUACGGGAUACCCUUGGAGGCGGGACGCGAGGCCGGGGGGACAGGGGACGACCUGCACUACCUGGAGAACUCCCUCAGCCACCCACAGCUUUAUGGACAGUACACAGACCAGAUAACUGACUUUGCUGAGAAGGAAGCAGCAAAACUACUGGAUACAAAUCAGGCCCAAAAGAACAACGAAAGACCCCUGAAACGUGAGAGUCAAGUAGAGAUAAAAGAAGAACGCUAUUCCAAAUGCCAAGACUGUGCUAGACGCAUCCAGAAAUAUGUCACCAGGAAACUUGGAGAGGACUGGAUUUUCUUGGUUCUGUUGGGUUUAGUCAUGGCAUUGGUGAGCUGGGGAAUGGAUUAUGCCAGUGCCAAGAGCCUACAGGCCUACAAGUGGAUGUACAGAGAGCUGCACCCAAAUGUUCCUUUGCAGUAUCUGGUGUGGGUAGCAUAUCCACUUGUUCUCAUACUGUUUGCAGCCAUCUUCUGCCACCUCGUCUCUCCACAGGCUGUUGGGUCUGGGAUCCCAGAGCUCAAGACAAUUAUGAGGGGAGUGGUCCUCAAGGAAUAUCUAACUCUCCAAGCAUUUGUGGCCAAAGUUGUGGGCCUCACAGCAGGGCUUGGAAGUGGCAUGCCUGUAGGAAAAGAGGGCCCUUUUGUGCACAUUGCCAGUAUCUGUGCAGCAGUACUCAGCAAGUUUAUGUCAAUUUUCUGUGGUGUAUACGAGCAUGCCUUCCUCUGGCUGCCCUCUCUGUUCCAGAAAGUGCACAGGCAGCUCGACCUCCUGGUGGUGGCUUGCUCAGUUGGAGUUGGAUGUUGCUUCGGGGCUCUUCUUGGAGGGGUCCUUUUCAGCAUUGAAGUCACUUCCACUUACUUUGCUGUGCGUAAUUAUUGGAGAGGUUUCUUUGCAGCUACCUUUAGUGCCUUCAUUUUCCGAGUCCUUGCUGUUUGGAACAAGGAUGCAGUUACCAUCACAGCACUAUUCAGAACUAACUUUCGCAUGGAUUUCCCCUUUGAUCUGCAAGAGCUGCCAGCGUUUGCUGUAAUAGGGAUAUGUUCAGGAUUCCUUGGAGCAUUUUUUGUUUAUAUCAAUCGCCAAGUGGUCCUGUGCAUCCGGCGUCUUACAGCUCUAAGCCAGUUUCUCACCAAGUACUUCCUCAUAUACCCUGGGUUCAUAACCUUCCUUAUUGCAUCUCUGACCUUCCCUCCAGGGUUUGGACAGUUCAUGGCAGGAGAGUUGAUGCCACGGGAAGCCAUCAGCUCUCUCUUUGAUAACUACACCUGGGCAAAAUACACAGGAGACCCUCAGAUCCUAGGGAAAUCUGCUGCCUGGAUCCACCCCAAAGUCAGUGUCUUCAUCAUCAUCCUACUUUUCUUUCUCAUGAAGUUCUGGAUGUCUGUCAUUGCUACCACGAUGCCAAUCCCCUGUGGAGGUUUCAUGCCUGUUUUUGUUCUAGGUGCUGCAUUUGGACGUCUUAUUGGAGAAAUCAUGGCAUCUCUCUUUCCAGAGGGGAUCCUCUUUGAUGGUAUUGUUUACAAAAUCUUACCUGGAGGGUAUGCUGUCAUUGGUGCAGCAGCUCUGACAGGAGCAGUGAGCCACACUGUAUCCACUGCGGUGAUCUGCUUUGAGCUGACAGGUCAAAUUUCCCACAUCCUGCCCAUGAUGGUAGCUGUCAUUCUUGCCAACAUGGUGGCCCAGAGUCUGCAACCCAGCCUCUAUGAUAGCAUCAUCCAGGUGAAGAAGUUGCCCUACCUGCCAGAUCUGGGCUGGAAUCAUAUAAGCAAAUACAAUAUCUUUGUUGAAGAUAUUAUGGUCCAAGAUGUGAAAUUUGUCUCCUCCAACUGUAAAUAUCGAGACUUGCAAACUCUACUCCAAAGCACCACUGUUAAGACUUUGCCUUUGGUGGACUCACCAGAGACCAUGAUCCUUCUGGGGUCUGUAGAGCGAUCUGAUCUGCAGGCACUCCUCCAGAGACACAUCAGCCCAGAACGGCGACGGUGCCUCAAAAGACAAAUGCAGCAGAAGCUGGCUGAGGCACCUUAUGAUGGACACAGCAAGGGAUCAGGAGCAAUGCUGCCAAAGCUGAAGCAUGAAUCUUUCGUUUAUGUUGAUGAGGAUGAUGAUACAGAUGAGAAGGCAGAGCAGCCUCAGCCACCAAGCCCCUCUCCUAGUCAUCCAGAGGAGCCCAAUGGCCCAACAAAUCCUCUUAAACAAACGCCUGAAAUUUUGGAGCCACAGCAAUUUUCAGACAGUUUCCAGAAUUUGAGGCAACUGUUCCAGCAGCUCUUGUGCCCUUACAGCCGUCGACCUGAAACACAGAGUGCUGUCCAGGUUAGGGAUACAGAAAGCCUAGCAGUAGCCUGGAGAGAGAAGGGAUGUGAUGGAAAUAGAGUCUACUACCCAGAGCCUUUCAGCAUCUGGCCAAAUGAUGGACAUACAUAUGGUCAUGAACUCCGACAGUGUCAGUGGGGAACUCCCUCCAAGGAGAAAGGAUGUGAUUACUGUGAAGGAGUGUACAUCUUGCUCAUGAGCCAUUUGUGCUCAGGUAUCAAGGCUAGCAUCAUGAUUGAGUCUGGGCAUCUUUUUUUUCCCAGCAAAUAAUAUCAUUUCCACUAUUUUGAAACAAAGUGCAAGUCUAGUUCAUUUGGCACUAUUUUUGGCUAACUAAAAAUGAAAAAAAGCUUUUGUCUUGUGCUACAUUAGAUGCCCUUAGGCACCAGAUUGGUGGAUACCAUACUGAGUCUAUGAGAGAUCCAUCCACUCUAGGACGGUAAUUGGGCCCCAUGUGAAAGCAUCUAAAGCAGUACUAGAUGACCCUGUUUAGGCACCUGACAUAGGCCUUUUUU